CGGAUUAUCGUCACGAGGGUGACUCGGGGCAGCUUCGGGUCAGCCUGUGUCUCGGUGAAGAUGGCGAUGAAGACGAGCCGCUCAGAAGGCCCUUUUUUCAUCAUCUGGCCGCUUCAAGUCAGCGAUGGAAAGCAAGCUUGACUUCCGUUCAAGUGACGCGUCUUCCGGUGUGGGCGGACAAAAGCGUUUAUAUUGACGUUUCCGAAAUUGGAACAAAAGCAGACGUCGAAGAAAAGAAGACGCAAACGGUUGCGGCCCCAUGACGUCAGCGUGUUUCUGACGGAGUCGGGGCGGGACCGGUACCGGGACCGGGAUGCUGCCGGCCGCGCUCCGCACCGAGCGGACCCCGCGUCACGAGCCGCCCGCCAUGGAGGACAUCCUGCGGGGGCUCCACAAAGACGCCGCCGGCCACAAGCACAAAAGCCUCCGCGACGCCUGCGUCCUCGCCUGCGAAAGUCUGGAGGGCCGCAAACUGUCGCCAGCAGAGCUGCGGGCGCGCUGUCUUCUGCCUCUUCAGAUUGCGCUGGAGUCCAAAAACGUGAAGCUCGGCCAGACGGCGCUCAGCGGCAUGCAGAAGCUGCUGUGCGAGGACCGCUUUGUGGGCGGGGCCGGCGAGGAGGCGGAGCCUGUGGAGAAUCAGCUUGUGAGUCAAGUGUUGGCGGCGGUGCGCGUGACGCCGGCGCUGCACGAGGACCUGCAGGUGGAGGUCAUGAAGGUCCUCCUGUGCGUCACCUACUCGCCGAACUUUGACAUCAACGGAGACUCCGUCCUACGCAUCUCGCAGGUGUGCAUGGAGACGUACGCGCGCAGCUGUCAUCAGCGGAGCAUCAACACGGCGGUCCGAGCCACCCUCAGUCAGAUUCUGGGAGAUUUGACACUGCGGCUGCGGCACAGACACGAGGAAGCGGACGGAGAAGAGCCGACUGCCCCCUCUCUGCAGAGAAGAGACGUGUCGCCCACCAGCCAGGCGCUGUGCGAUGAUGUCGUGAUGGUCUUGACUCUCUUCUGUGACAAGCUGGAGUCGGUCGACUGUGACAAGCAGCUGCUGCAGCUUCUUUACCUGGAAAGCAUCUUGUCCGUGCUCGGCUCCUGUCCUCCCACAAUGCACCUGUCCAGACGCUUCACCGAUCUCGUCUGGAAGCAGCUGUGUCCGUCACUGGUGGCCAUCAUGGGAAAUCCGGUCAACGACAUAACCGUCAGCUCCCACCACGGCCACACGGGGGCGGCAGAGGCAGAGCGACUCUUCCCGGGCGCGAUACAGGAGGCGGAGGCGGCCGCGGGGGCGCCGUCGGACCGCGGCCGAGGCUCGGGCUGCUCGUCCGGCGCCCCCGCCAGGAUCGCGCCGGUGGUACGUAGCGUGUGCUACGUGGCGGCCGAGUUGGUUCGGCUGGUGAGCUGCGUGGAGUCCAUGAAGCCCGUGCUGCAGUCGCUCUACCACAGGAUCCUGCUCUACCCGCCGCCUCAACACCGAACCGAGGCCAUACGCAUCAUGAAGGAGAUUCUGGGAAGUCCUCAGAGGCUGUUCGACCUGGCCGGACCAGGCCUCGCCGAGCCCGAGAACAGGAAGCGAUCCUUCUCCAAACGAAAAUCUUACCUGGACCUGCUGCGGCUUGUGAUGGACGGCACGAAGCAGGCGUGUGUGAAGGGCGGCGUGGAGGCGUGUUACUGGAGCGUGUCGUGUGCGUGCGCUCUGCUGCGAGCGCUGGACGAGUUGUCGCAGGGGCGGGGCCUCACGCCGGAGCAGGUUCGUCUGUUGGUCGGCCGCCUGGACGAGCUGAAGAACGGCACCGAGUCGUCUCGCGCGUCCGCGGAGGUGAACGAGGCCGACUUCCUGUGGCAGAGACGCGUGCUGUCCUCCCGGGGGCCGCCCCGGGACGCCUCCCCCUCCGGCGCCCCCCUGGAGCGUAGUCCCGACGUUAGCGUUAGCAUUAGCAUCACCGCAGACACGGGCUGCGGCGUUUUGGAUUCGGAGCUCGCGGCGGGCGACCCCCGCAGCUGCGCGCCCCCUGAAGAAGAGGAAGAGGCGGGUCCGCGGCAGGAGGGCGGAGACGGGAAGGAGGCGGCCCCGCCCGAUGUAGUCCAACGGAGCCACGCCCUGGCGUACCCCGACAUCACCAACUUCCUGUCGGUGGAAUCCAGAAGCAGAGCGCAGCAGGUGCCGACAUCGCGCUGCAGCGAGAGCAACUUCAGUGCGGAGGAGCAGGACUUGUCUCGGACGGACUUGGACUCGUGCGAGCAGUACUCGAUGGCGGCGGAGAAGGACUCUGGCCGCUCGGACGUAUCGGACGCGGGUUCCGACGACGCGGCUCUGGCCGACGAGGACGAGCGCAGUCCGUCGGACGCGUUGGCGCGGCGCUCGCUUCGCCCGGCCGCCGCGCUCUCGCUCAAGCUGCUGUGCCACCAGGAGGCCGACCAGCACGGCGCCCGUCUGUUCGUGCGCUCGCUGGGCGCGCUGCUGCCGCGACUCCUCGCCCUCGACGCCACCGCCGCGGAACUCGACCGACGCGUGCAGAACUUCUCGAGCGACUUCUGCUCGGGACUGCGGGCCGGUGGGCUCCCCUCGCCGGGCGUGGGGGCGGGGCUGACUCUGAGCUGUCAAUCACUGAUGAACGCCGACGGUGUCUACCUGUUGUCUUUCUACACUCUACUGCUGAACCUCAAACUGUGCAACUGCAACUUCUACCAUCUGCGGGCGCUCCCUGCUGCCCUCGGCCCGAAGGAGUUUGCGCGCGUGAUCCAGAGCAGCGGCGUGCUGGUGGUCUUGUCUCAGGCGUGGAUCGAGGAGGUUUACCAUCAGGUUCUGGAGCGAGACCUGCUAGCUCAGGCCGGCUACCGGGCGGCGCCCGACAACAAAGCGCCGCCUCUCAUCACCAUGCUGACCGAUAUCGACGGUCUGGGCAGCAGCGCGAUCGGCGGUCAGCUGAUCGGCAGCUCCGGCCGAUCGGCUCCCUCCCGCGAGCGAGCGCCGUGCGACGCCGUCGCGGCGGGCGCCGCGUUCUCGCGCUUCCUCCUGACGGGCGUGUGGAGCGAGCUGACGGAGGUUCUGUCGGCGCCGCUCACGGGCCGCGUGGCGGGCGGCUCCGGAACCUCGCUGCUCUUCGCCAGGGAACAGAGCCAGCGAGAGAGAGACGCCAUUUGUCUCAGCUUGGACGGACUCCGACAGGCCGCCACGCUCAGCUGCGCCCUCGGCGUGGCCGGCAACUGCGCGUCGGCCUUGGCGCAAAUGGCCGCCGCCUCCUGCGUGCGCGACGAGCGUGACGAGAGGGAGGGGGACGCCGUCACCGUCACGCAAGUGAAGCAGCGUCUGGAGCAGAUGUCGCGCCCGCACGGCGUCCGCCUGCACACCGCGCACGUGCUGUGCAUGGACGCCAUCUUGAACGUGGCAUUGGAGAUGGGCAGUCACAACCGCGACUGCUGGACGCACGUCUUCAGGGUGAGCGAGUACGUCAGUUCUCUGGAGCACGCCCACUUCAGCGACCCGUCGUCUCACGCCCCGCCGCCGCCCGCCUUCGCCCGGCGCUGCCAGCAGGAGGCGCCCGCGGGCCGGGCCCCGGAGCCCGCCGGCGAGGCCCGAGUCGAAGCCGACGCCCCGGCCCCCGGCCCGACUUCGCCCCUAAUGCCGCCGCCGCCGACCAUCCGGGAGCUUCUCGUUCAGGGCGGCAGAGGCGGGCGCGGUCUGGACCUGAAAGGCGGAAGCCUGAUGACCGGGUCUGGAGCGGCCAAGGCCGUAUGCGCGCUGUCUACGCAGGCUGACAGGUUGUUUGAAGAAGCGUCCGUCAAGCUCAACCUGGCGUCUCUGGUGGCCUUCCUGCAGCAGCUCAGGAAAGCGUCUCAGCGCCAACUCUUCCACGCCGUCGCCGACACGGGAGACUAUUCGCUCGCCACGCCGGGAGAAGCCAAGUCGACGUGGGCGCGUCGGAGCUCGCUGCACCUUUUCCGCUUGGGCGAGGCCACGCUGAGGAUCGUCCGGAACGACGACAGACCGCUGCUGCACAAGAUGAGGGCCUGGAGCGUGGUGGCGCCGCACCUGGUGGAGGCGGCGUGCCACAAGGAGCGUCACGUGUCGCAGAAGGCGGUCUCCUUCAUCCACGACGUCCUGACCGAGGUUCUGAGCGGGCGGAGCGAGCCUCCUCACUUCCGCUUCAACGAGGCGCUCUUCCGACCGUUCGAGCACAUCAUGCAGCUGGAACUCUGCGACGACGACGUCCAGGACCAGGUGGUGACGUCCAUCGGCGAGCUGGUGGAGAUGUGUUCUCCUCGCAUCCUGUCCGGCUGGCGUCCGCUCUUCAGCGCCCUCAGGACCGCUCACGGCGCCAAGAUGGAGGCCGGCGACUCCCCGCCGGGGGAAUACCGCGCGGGCGAGCGUCCCGCGCCCGUCUUUGACGUCUUCGAGGCGUUCGUCGGCACGGACGACGUCCAGGUGUUCGCCAACGCCGCCACGGACUACAUCAUGUGCCUCAUGAAGUUCGUCAAAGGCUUAGGCGAGGCGGACUGCAAGGAGACGGACGACUGCGCGACGCCGUCGUCCCGCGGCUCCGUCGACCUCUGCCUGCCGGCGCUCGACUACCUGCGCAGGUGCUCUCAGCUGCUGGCCAACAUCUACAAGAUGCCGUCCAAGCCCGUGUUCCUGGGGGCGCGGCUCGCCAGCCUGCCCGCGAGGUCGCGCGAGCUGUCGGCGGGCAGCGAGGACGCGCUGGACGGCGUCCUGCGGGACUUUGACGACGACACGGGUCUGAUCCAGGUGUGGAUUCUCCUUCUGGAGCAGCUGACGGCCGCCGUGUCCGACUGCCCCCGCCGGCAUCAGCCGCCCACCCUGGAGUUGCUCUUCGUCCUGCUGCGAGAGAUCGCCGUCGUGCCAGGUCCGGGCUUCGCGAUUUUCGCCGUGGUGCAGCUGCUGCUUCCUGUCAUGUCGCUGUGGCUGCAGCGUAGCCACGGCGACCACGCCUACUGGGACGCGGCCGCCGCCAACUUCAAACACGCCGUCGGCCUCUGCUGCGAGCUGGUGGUGGAGCACGUCAACACCUUCACACACGCAGAUGGAGCUUGCGAGUUUUGGAUCGACGUGAUGUUGAAGGAGCUCUUCAGGCUGUUGGUGUCGUGCGUGUCGCAACCGGCUGAGGCCGUCUCCAGAGUGGGAUGCUCCUGCAUCAGGUACGUGCUGGUGUCGGGGGGUCCGGUGUUCACGGAGGAAAUGUGGAGGUUGGCCUGUUGUGCCCUGCGGGACGCCUUCUCCGCUACCUUACAGCCUGUCAAGAAGCUGGUGUCGUGUUUCCAGAGCGGUUCCGACAGUUUCUCCGGCGACGCCUGCGAAGUGAAGGUGGCCGCUCCCUCCCCGUCUGCGUCGGCCGAGGCGGAGUCCUGGCGGAUCCGAGCCAUGGCGCAGCAGGUGUUCACGUUGGACAGUCAAUGUUCCCCAAAGACGCCGAACCUGAAGGACGGUUUGGAGCACGCGCCGUCGUGUCUUCUGAUCAUGGAGCCGCCGCACGACCGCCACGCCAACGGGCACGCUCGCAACAGGAAGGUCGGUAUUCCGUUCCGCAACGUGGUGGUGAGCCUGCUGUCGCAUCAAGUUCUUCUGCAGAACCUUUCUCACAUCUUACUGGAGGAGUUCGUCAAGCAGACCGACGGCCAGGGGAGGGCGACGCCCGUGACCUCUGAACCCACGCGUCCGGCGGCGGGCUUCCUGCGCUACGUGUCCGUGGCCAACCUGUCAAUCAUCCUGGACCUGCUGCUGGACUCGUACAGGACGGCGCGCGACUUCGACACGCGUCCGGGUCUGAAGUACCUGCUGAUGAAGGUGUCGGGCGUUUGCGUCGCGGCCAAUUUGUACCGCCAGGCGGCCGUGAGCUUCAACCUCUACGCGCAGGCGCUGCUCGCCGCCAUCUCGAGUCAGGCCGACGCCGUGACGGCCCAGCAGGUCAAGAAGAUUCUCUACGAGGCAGACGACGGGAGCUCGGAAUCUUGCGGUCCCGGAUCGGCGUCUUCGGAGGACGAAGACAUCUUUGAGGAGACGGCGCAGGUGAGCCCGCCGCGCGCUCGCGACAAGCGGCAUCAGUGGCGAGCCGUCACGGCGUCCCUGAGCGCGGGGCCGGCGGGCGGCGGCGCGUCGGACUGGGCGUGGCUGGUGAAGCGACUUCACAAGUUGAGCGCGGACGUGUGCGCCAGCUACGUCCAGAUGCAUCGAGACCUGGAGGAGGACGGCGCCGCCGCGCCGCCCUCACGAGGAGGAGACCGCCGCGCCUUCUUCCUGACGCUCUUGCCGUCAGAGUCGUCCACGCCCACGUCGGCGGGGGGCGACACGCCCUCGGAGGAACGCGGGGCCGUGUGUCACGAGGCCCACGCGGCGCCGGGGGACACGCCCGCCCAGAGUCCGGGAUUCAGCUGCGCAGGAAGUCUUCCUCCCAGCUUCCGCGGCGGAGGUAAGGACUGGUGGGAGAGUGCCGGGAACAAGCUGGUCUCCAUGGCGACCGACAGGAGCCUGGGCAAGCUGGUGAGCCAAUACAAACUCAGAAAGCGGCAGCAGGACAGCGGACGCCACGCGCGCGAGCAGCAGACCCCGCCCACGCAGGCCCAGGCCCAGGCCCAGGCCCCGCCCACCCUCAGACACUCGCACAGCGCCGGCGCCGAAGUCCUCCGGUCCAGAUCGGGCUCGGCGGUCAGCUCUCACGGGCACGUCGCUGUGGCGGACGCGCGCGCACAGAUCCAGGCGUGGAGCAACAUGGUGGCGACGCUGCUGAACGGAAUCCUGCUCCUUCCGGACUCGACCUUCCUGGCUCUCCAGCCGGCGCUCUACCCGAGCCUCUGCCAGCUGAGCUGCCACGUCAGCGACGCGCGCGUGCGCCAGGCCCUGCGCGAUUGGCUGUGUCGCGUGGGAAGCCUCUACGACAUCGUGGCUUGACGCCGUCGUGACCGCGCAAACGCCAAACGUUUGUGACGCGCGCUUUAGCUUGUGGCGGACAUCCGCCGCCGUGUAACCGUAGCGACGUGAAGAUGAAGACAAAGACGACGUCUGGCGUGGUGUGCUCAUUGCUUAUUUAUCGAGAUUGAUUCUUAUCACUUCCUGUAUUUGAUGUCAUAUUUAUGGAUUUGCGUCUUCUUUCCGCUAUUAAACGUCUUAUGAUGGGCGCCUCCCUGUCUGA